AUGAAUCGCUUCUUCAAAAUCGUCUUGACUUCUACAAGACGGGCCAGCACUAAUGGAAGCGGGAAGAGAAAAACACCAUUCGAAGGGGAUAAAGUGCAUAUUCCAGAUGAACCUUAUAACAGUAAAAUAGAUGAAUCUCUUCUUUCUGAAAUGCCACCCAUUGAUGCGAAACUGAUCAGUCAUUUAGAACGACUCUCAUUAGUUCGAUUUGAUUCUGAGCAAGCUGUUGCAAACUUGCGCAAUUCAAUCCGAAUGGCCAAAAGACUGGAGCUUGUUGAUGUGGAGGAUAUCGAGCCGAUGCACACCGUUUGGGAAAGUCAAGAAUGUCCCACGUUCGACGACGUUGAAGAGGAACCACUUCCAAUUGAUAAAGUUUUUCGAAAUGCCGCUGUCCGCUUCGAUGAUUUUUUCGUCACUCCACCUGGAAAUGUACCACUCGAAUCGAACGAACGGUUUGACUUGAAUGUGAUUAACAAGUGGGACACCAUUGGUAAACCUGUUUCACCGGAAGCUAAAACUAUAAGACUUGUAGAAGGAAGAAGAAAAUAG